AAUAUUCUGUGAUAUUAGAUAAGAAAUAAUUUAUGGUACCGCACGACUACCGCGACCGAGCACACCAACCGGCUUCGUACCUAAUGCCCGUGGCCGCCGUUUUUGGGCCCUGAUUGUGUUUUGUUGUUUAUUUUACUUUUUUCAGUCAUAUUCACAAUUCACAUAUUCCAGCCAUGCUCUGCGGUUUCACGUGGUCUGUCCAGCUGUCGAUCAAUAAUUAAUUUUUGCGAUACGCCAUUGUUCACAUCGCGUGAUCACCAGCCAUGAAACUGUUGACGCACAAUUUGCUAUCGUCCAAGAGUCUGAAAGGAGUCAAAGUAGGAUAUCCGCUUCGCAUUGUCGCGAAAGACGUCAAGAUAUCCGAAUCUGAAUUCAAUAAGGAGUUUGUGAAGAAGAUCAUACCAAAACUUGAUUGGAAAGUUUUUAUUAACGCCGCUGUGCAAAUCGGCCAUAGCAAUGAUCUGUCUGAUGAGUUAAUUGAUGACUAUGAAGAUGAUGAAGAAUAUCUCAAAAAGGUACAUCAUGUACUCAUGGAAGUAGAAAUUAUAAAUGGUGAACUUAUAUGUCCAGAAACAGAAAGAGUAUUCCCAAUAUCAGCUGGUAUACCUAACUUACUUUUAAAUGAGAAUGAAGUAUCAUAAACGCUACAUCUUAAUUACUCCAUGUAUGUUAAAACCGUACAUAUAAUUUUUUUUUUCAAGUUUUAAUAAAAAAUGUAUUCAACCUGAUUUACAAUUGUGUACCUUUGAUUAAAAUAAAACCACUUAGUAAC